CCUCUCUGGAAUCUCCGCCUUCCCUCCAAUUCUCCAUCCCCAAAAUCUCACUCAUUCCUUAUGCAAUCUCAAUAUGGCCAAGAACGAAAGCACCGACGUCAGGGGAGCGGCGGAGGAGCGCCUCAUGAACGAAGAGUACAAGGACUGGAAGAGAAACGUCCCAUUCCUCUACGACACCGUCAUCACGCACGCCCUCGACUGGCCCUCACUCACCGUCGAAUGGCUGCCGGAAAAGGAGGAGCCGCCGGGGACGGACUUCGCAAUCCACAAGCUAAUUCUCGGCACGCACACCUCCGACGGCGAGCCCAACCAUCUGCUGCUGGCGGAGGUCCGAUUGCGGCUCGACGAAACCAACGAGGACGUCCGCGACAAUCGCUCCCAAUUUGCAUAUAAAGGCAGGAAGGUGCAGAUCAUCCAACAAAUCAGCCAUGACGGAGAGAUUAACCGUGCACGCCAAAUGCCUCAAAAUCCAUACAUUAUCGCGACCAAGACCAUCAGUUCAGCAAUCUACAUUUUCGAUUAUAGCAAACAUCCGCCUAAACCUAACUCGAAUGGCACCUGCAACCCCGACUUGAAGCUCACCGGCCACACUGCUGAAGGAUAUGCCCUUUCUUGGAGUCACUCGAAACACGGUCACUUAUUGAGUGGCUCGGACGAUGCGCAGAUAUGUUUAUGGGAUAUUAACUCUGCCUCGAAUGAUAAGACUCCGAAUGCUAAGCAGAUAUUCAAGACUGAUGGCAAUGUAGUCGAAGACAUCGCCUGGCAUUACAAUUACGAGCACUUGUUUGGCUCUGUUGGAGAUAGCCGUUACCUCCAUUUAUGGGAUCUGCGAAUGCCGUCUCCUUUAAAGCCUUGUCACAAAGUGACUGCUCAUCAAGGCGAGGUGAACUCGGUAUCGUUCAGUCCAAUUAACGAGUACAUUGGGGCGACUGCAUCCACGGAUAAGACCGUUAAACUGUUCGACCUCCGCAAGCUUUCCAUACCAAUGCACACUUUAAUCGGCCACAAGAGCGAGGUGACCCAGGUCGGAUGGCAUCCGAAAAACGAGACCGUCUUAGCUUCUUCUUGUCUUGGAAGUAGAAUGAUCAUCUGGGAUCUCAGCAGGAUCGGGCAAGAACAGAACCCGAAGGACGAUGUGGAAGGGCCACCGGAGCUGCUAUUCAUUCACGGCGGCCACACCAACCGAAUUGGUGACUUCUCGUGGAACCCGAACACGGAUUGGGUCGUCGCCAGCGUAGCCGAAGACAACAUUGUGCAAGUGUGGGAGAUGGCUGAGAGCAUCUAUGACGACGAUGAGGAUGACGACCGUUCCUGCAAUUAAGUACUGCACAAAGGGUGACAUGGUUCUAUAGCCACUAAAGUCCGGAUAGGCGAUUCCAUCUUUUACUUCACAUUAUAGUCGUGCGAUGGGACUCCAGCAAUUCACUUCGUCCAUCAUAGUAUGCAAUACGAUGGCUGAUGUCGUCCUGUAUCAACUAACCAAUAUUUAUUGGUACUCCGCGCAUGAUGCAAAAGAUCGGGUACACAUUUACCACCUUUGGAUCCGUAGUGUGUGAUGAUGCAUAAAUUUUCCCGCAACAUAUUAAGAACUAUUGCUAUGCAGGUGUGUCCAUCUUUGAUGAUUAUAGUCGGUCUUUGAAAUUUCUAUACCAUUUGA